UUCGCAUUGCAUUUUUAGCUUUGAAAAAGAAGAGAUGCUCCAUGAGCUCUUUUUGCUCCUAGUUGCCGUUAGCUUUUUAAUGACGUCGACGUUGUCAUCGGAAACGGUCCGUGAACGUCAACUUUUCGUCGUCAGGAGGAGGCCGCCUUAUCAACUAGUCAACAACGUCUUCGGAAGAGUAAACGAAUGUCGAAUGGUCGACGGGUCGUUGGGAGAAUGUUCCCACAUAGCCAGAUGCACUUUUAUGUUAUUCGACCUGCGAAGGGCCUUCUGUUUGAGAAAUUACCUCAUUCCGGGAGUCUGUUGUCCCGUUAAGAACCAGACAAAAGCUUCGCUGGUGCAAUCGACUCCUGUUCCGGUCACUCCGACUUCCGUUCCGAUUGUCAUCUUUACUUACCCACCCGCAUUUCAACCCGUAACUGUUCCGGCCUUAGAACAAUGCGGAAUUAGCAAGACGAUUUCUAGAAUCGUAGGAGGAUUCGAAAGCGCUCCUUCCCAGUGGCCGUGGAUGGCGGCAAUUUUCUUAAAUACUCAUCGAGGGAGAGAAUAUUGGUGUGGUGGUGCUCUGAUCGAUUCCCGAUACGUCGUAACGGCCGGGCAUUGUCUAUCGGAUUUACGAGAACAAAAGUACCGAGCGAAAGAGAUGUCGGUGCGGCUGGGAGAUCAUCACCUAUUCUUCCGGGGAGAGGACGCCAAUCCGGUGGAUUAUCGCGUGGCCAAAGUGAUUCAACAUCCGAAUUUCUCCAGACACGGAUUUUUCAACGACAUUGGACUCCUGAGGCUGGAAAAGGAGGUUUCCUUCGACGAUAGAAUCCGACCCAUCUGUUUACCGGAACGAAACUCGUCCGGAAAGAAUCUGGUGGGAAUGAUGGCCACCGUUAUCGGCUGGGGAACAGUUAAUUACGGAGGAGCCAGCAGCGGAUCUCUGCACCAGGUGAGCAUUCCGAUUUGGGACAACGCAGACUGCGACAAGAGGUAUUUCCAACCCAUUACCAGAGGAUUCGUUUGCGCCGGAUUCCGUGCUGGGGGCAAAGACGCCUGUCAGGGAGAUUCGGGAAGUCCUCUGAUGCUUCCCGAUAACGACAGAAGAUGGACUAUCGUGGGCUUGGUGUCGUUUGGCAGCAGAUGCGCCCAAGAGGGUUAUCCGGGCGUUUACACUAGAGUCGACACGUACUUGGACUGGAUCCGAAACCAUACAGGCAGAUGACGUUCGGGUUCCGCCUUCUGGGAAAUCGGAAAUUAACAUGGCCGAGAGAGGCGAUUAUAAAUUUAAAUUUUUAGAUAUUCUCUAUGUUUUU